AUGCUUUCUUUUCUGCUUACAAUAUCAAUAUUUUUACCAUUUACCAUUCAAAGUUGCAUUAAUGAAUCAUUUUGGAGCGACGAGCUUGGCACAUGUGUUUUGCCAGUGGAAAUUGCCACAUCCUCGAUUUCUGCCGAGUUGAAUUGCCAAUCGCUGGGUGGACAUUUGUUCUCGAUUCACAACGCUUUUGAGAAUGCUGCCGUUGCCGAUCUGCACACAAAAAAAUUGACGGGUCAAUUGGGAUGGAUUGGUGGCUGGUUUAAUUCCAGCGUGCCGACAUGGCUUUGGUAUGAUGAGACACCGUUCAACUAUCAACAUUGGGUUGCAUCAACAGAGAAAGGCGGUUGCUUAUAUAUGGAUCCUCGGAAUAAUCACGAUUGGAGACAAAUCGAUUGCUCUGGAACAUUUCAAUAUCUCUGUGAUUUGCCUCCAACCACGCUAACCACGCCAAGCACA